AUGGCUUAUCGUUCCCCCAAUGUGCUCGUCCUCGUCAUCGUCCUUUUGUCAUUCCCAUGCAUGGAAGCGGCCACAGCAGGCGGCAAUCGCCGCCUGCUGCAAGGGCCAGGGUCAUUUUUUCCUAGAUUUCCAGGGAUGACGACCCCUUCCCUCCCAAUAGUGUUUCCACCUAUGUUUCCAUCACCAUCGUCGUCGUCUUCAUUCCCGAACUUUCCUAGAUUCCCGGGAAAUCCCUUUUUUCCUAGUACUCCUCAACUCCCCGAUAAUCCAUCUACGCCCAAUGCUCCUCAAUUCCCCGGAAAUAGUCCAUUGGUGCCCAAUGCUCCUCAGUUCCCCGGAAAUAGUCCAUUGGUGCCCAAUGCUCCUGAGUUCCCCGGGAAUCCUUCGUUGCCUAAUGCCCCGGCUGCUCCAGCGUUUACUCCUCCGCACGCCCCUUGA